GUGGUCAAUGAGGCCUCUACAUCGGGGGGAAACUGAGGCAGGGUUGGGGCUGGUAGCGGGUGUUUGUCGUGACUUGUCAGGCAUCAAGUGGCCAGUGUGAGGGAGCUCCCUCCGCCCCCAGUAGCCUCAGGUCAUCAGAGAGAGCCCUUAAUCCCCGCAGGCCUUGGGCUCCGGCUCUGAUGUCAGCCCCUCAGUGCCCCGCCCCUCGGCCUGCCUCCUGCGGUGGCCACCCAGCCAAGGCCAGGGCCGCCUGCCCACCUGCCGGCCCUGAGUGCUGCCCCGGCUGGCGCCUCUGCUGUGAGCCCUUGCACACUCACCUCCGCCAGUCCAGCAUGCUGGGUGUCACUCUCCUGCUGCUGGCCCUGCUCCCAGGGACGACCACCUUGCCCAGCCGGCCACCUGGUACGUAUGGGCUGGGGACGUGGACCGCAUCACACUCGGGUUCCCAUGUGGCUCUUUCUCAACUUGUCCUCUCGUCCAUCCCGCCUGGGGGAGCAGAGGUGGGUGGCAGGUGGGUCUGCCCCUGUCCCCUAUUCUAGGUCCUCUGGGACCCCCAGCUGCUUCAAAGCCCCCAGCAACCAGGGUGAGGCCCAGGGCUGUGGGGGGCGCGGAGUGGUGUACAAAGGCUUUAGGAGGUGUGUGCGCAUCCUGAAUGGCGGAGAACCUCGGUUGACAAGGACCCCAGCCAAGGCCUCCUGAAGCAGACAAGUGUGUGUGUGCGCCUGCGCGCAUGCACCCCUGUGGGAGCUCCCCAGAGCCGCCCCCUGUGCGGCCACUGCUCAGCCUGGGCAUGGGGAACCUGGGCCAGGAGAAGCCCCAGUCCCUUGGGAUGGGCCGGGCUCGGGCUGGGCCAGAAGGGCUGGGGAAGAGCACGUUUCCGCUCCCUGCUGAUGGCAACACCUCCCUCCCCUUAGAAAGGGAAGGGUGGGCCAGCACCCUCCCCCAAGGCCGGCCCUGCUGCAGCCCCAGAGCCCCUCGGUUGCAGAGCGUCUGGGACAGGAGGACCUCUGAGCCCACCCAGGCUGCCCCUUCACUAUGGGGGCCCCUCAAUCCCUCCCCGCCAUGAUUCCUCGCCCACUGCGUGUGCAGAAAUCUAGGCCCGGGAAGCGGGGCUCCUCCCCAGGGGCGCGCAGCUUUGCACCCGGCCUCAGCGUCCGGGCUGUGACGUCCAGAGGUCUCCAGGUGAAGGGGGCAUGGAGCCCAGCAUGGGGGAAUCCUCCACCACGGCUGCACCCGUUUCUCAAAGGAGGCAGCGGAGGCGAGCAGGUUAGGGGACUUGGCCCAAUGGCACAAGGGCAGCGCGUCUUCCCCGCUCUGUGCUACCCUCUCUCCCCGUCAGCGCCCCCGUUCCCCGCGGCGCCUGGGCCCUGGCUGCGCCGACCCCUUUUCAGUCUGGAGCUGUCGGACUCGGAGGACGCCUUCCCGCGCCGCGGGGGGCCGCUCGAGGUCCCGGCCAACAGCCGCGUGUUCGUGCAGGCGGCCCUGGCCCGCGCCUCCCCGCGCUGGGGCCUGGCCGUGCACCGCUGCUCGGUGACACCGUCCUCGCGUCCGGCCCCGGGGCCCGCCCUGGCCCUGCUGCGCGGGGGCUGCCCCGCCGACGCCUCGGUCGCCUUCCCGCCGCCACCGCCGCCGCCGCGCCCCGGGGCCGCCCGCCCCGCGCGCUUCAGCUUCCUCCUGCGCCCGGUCUUCAACGCCUCCGUGCAGUUUCUGCACUGCCAGCUGAGCCGCUGCCGCCGCCUCCGGGGAGGCCGCCAAGCGCCUGCGUCUCUGAUGCCGCCGCGACCGUCGCCGUGUCUGCCUCAGGAUGAGGCGUGCGCGGGCGCCGGCAGUGGCAGCGGCGAGAGCCCGGGUGCCGACAGCCCGCACCUGCACACGCUGACGCAGCCCAUCGUGGUCACCGUGCCGCGGCCGCCCCCCAGGCCCCCCAAGAGCGUCCCCGGCAGAGUCGUGCGCCCCGAGCCUCCCGCGCCGGCCCCGGCGGCCCUGGAGCCCGCGCCGGUGGUGGCGCUGGUGUUGGCCGCCUUCGUGCUGGGUGCCGCGCUGGCCGCCGGGCUCGGCCUCGUCUGCGCGCACUCAGGUACCACCCUCCGCCCGCCGAGACCUCCGCCCGGCCCCUCGCCUGUUCCCGCGCGUCGGCACCCCGGGGCGCCGCGAUCCCCGCGUGCCGGGCCCGACCAUCCCUAGACUCGCCUCCGCCACGCUCGCAGCAGCCCCCAGGGGGCGCCCUUGCCCCGGCCCCGCGCGCAGCAGCCCCUACCGCUCGGCAGCCCGCCUCUCCCUUCCAGCGCCCGCGCCCCCCGGCCCGCCCCCGAGAGCCUCGCCCAGCGGCCUCCAGCCCAGGAGGCCCCAGUGAGGCAGGGAUGGCGCGCCCCCAGCAGGGUUCGGAGAUGUACCAGCCACGGCCUCGGACCAGGCCUGCCAGGACUGGACGGGCUGUCCUGGACCUCGGACUCGAUGGGACCACGAUCCCUGCGCCCCGCCCCCCUCGCUCCUCCUCCCCCCCUCCCACCUGGGCUCAAAAUAAACAUCUGGUCUGAUCCGCAGAAGUCUGAACUCUGGGUGUGCCUGCGGCGCGGGGGUGGGGCCAGGAAGCAGAGGCCUGGGGCCAGGACUGGGGGAUGCGGGAUGGAAGAGGUCCAGACUGGAGGGGUGGGGCUUGGGGGCGUGGCUCAUAGGCCCACACAACGUGUGCAGAUCCGGGCCAGGGGAGACCCAAGGGCGUUUUGUCCC